AACCUAAGUGGGCCAAAGCUUUGACGCAAUCCGGCGUUUAGUAAAAAUUUGCCCGCCCAUCUGCGUCGGACCUCGCUCUCUGAUUCACAAAUGUCAACUCACUGAGUUCCUUGGACUCGCUUCAACUUGAAGAUCUCCCUCUCCUCCCCUCGCCAUGAAGAACGCCUCUGUCAGACGCCUCGAAGUCUUCGAUUUCACCGAAGAAGACGCGCUUUCGGAAUUGAUCUCCGAGAAGCACAUCAGCAAAUUCAAAAACCCUAAUCUCGAAACCAAUGAUCUUCUUUCGAAGUAUGACUUUCUUGAAUGUGAAGCCAAUGGAUUCGUUGUUGAAGGAAAGGAGAUUGGAAAUCCACAUAUGGAUGUUGAUUUGGAUGAACGCAAUCGUAGUUGUGAUGAUGGUAUUUCACAUAUUCCUACUGAAGAGCAAUUCAUCAUGGACGAAGAAAAAUAUCAAUUGGAUGCCAACCCACAAUCAGAAUUGAGCAGCCAUGAGCAGGAUAUCUUUGUGCAAGUAGAUAAUCACGUGACAGGAAGCCUUGUCUCUGAACUUGGAAAAGUUGGAUCUAGCUCUCAAAAUCCUACCCUGGGCUUAAAUUGUACUCAUGCAGAGUUUGCUGCUGAAAGUGAGCAAGUUGAUGCACUUUCAGAUCCUAAUGGAAGCAUGGAUGGAAGUUCCCCAAUGAGUGCUCCUUUUGAAAUUGCAAAGGACGGUGUUUUGUUGAACGGGAAGUCUUCAGAUAAUUGCUCAUCCGACAACGAAAUGGAUGAUCAUAACGAGGAGGAGGUUAUUCUAUGUCCCGAUUAUGUUGUAUAUGGAGAUUAUUAUUGUACCGGGCCCCUGUUAACCUUUUCGCAUAAUGGCAUCAAAAUCAAUGGUUCUGCUGAAUAUGGAAGCAAUGAGUUCCUUAACCUUGAAUGGAGAGUUGACGAUCUCAUUGAUGUUGAGUGUCAGUGGUUUCAAAGGGUUGAAAAUGUGAUGAUCAAACUCCAUGUUAUCUCAAAGGAUGGCAGUCAAUGUGAUAAUGCGUGUGACACUUCUGGCAUUAAGGAAGUGAAGAUUGCUCUGGUUGAUUCUUACUGGUCUGAGAAACAACAAAAAAUCAGAUCUUUGGAUUCCAGAUACAUGGCUAUUUGGAACAUGUCUCUGAAUGCGGGGAUAGGAACAGACGAUGAUGAUUUAUGUGGACAGAGACAUUAUUUCCCCAACUUUGAUGAACCUUUUGAAGAAGUUGUAUAUCCUAAAGGAGAUCCAGAUGCUGUUUCCAUUAGUAAGAGGGAUGUUGACUUGUUGCAACCAGAGACGUUUGUCAAUGAUACAAUCAUUGACUUCUACAUCCUGUAUUUGAAGAGCCAGAUUGAGCCUAAGGAGAAGCAUAGAUUUCACUUCUUCAAUAGCUUUUUCUUUAGAAAGCUGGCUGACCUUGAUAAAGAUCCAUCAAGUGCUUCUGAUGGCAGAGCUGCCUUUCUUCGGGUUAGAAAAUGGACAAGGAAAGUGGAUUUAUUUGACAAGGAUUAUAUCUUUAUUCCUAUAAACUUCAACCUUCACUGGAGCUUAAUGGUCAUAUGCCAUCCUGGUGAAGUGGCUGGAUAUAGCAAUGAAGACCUGGUGAAGUCGAAGAAAGUACCAUGUAUAUUGCAUAUGGAUUCUAUUAAAGGAAGUCACGCAGGUCUUAAAAAUCUCAUUCAAAGUUAUUUGCUGGAAGAAUGGAAAGAGAGAAACAAGGAGACACCUGAAGAUGUCUCAUCAAAAUUCAAGAAUCUCCGGUUUCUCCCACUUGAGCUUCCACAGCAGGAAAAUUCAUUUGAUUGUGGGUUAUUUUUGCUCCACUACCUGGAACUCUUUCUGGCAGAAGCUCCUCUCGAUUUCAGUCCGUUCAAAAUCUCCAAGUUUUCAAAAUUUCUUAAUGUGGAUUGGUUUCCACCUGCCGAGGCUUACCUCAAGCGAACUUUAAUACAGAGAUUAAUUUUCGAAAUCCUUGAAAACCGAUCUCGAGAAAUGUCCGCAGCUGCUUGCAGUGAUGAACUCCUGUCUAAAUUUCCGUCAAAUAAUGAGGAUGAAACAGGUGCGGAGCUUCUUCCGGAAAGAGGAAGCCCAGCAGUGACAUGUAAUCACAAUUUGUCAAGCUCACAAGCUGUUGAUGGGAUUGAAAUCACUCUAUUAUCUGAAUCUUCAAGUAGACAUAACCAGUUUAUGGACGGUUCUGGCUUGGUUGUCAGAGAACUAUUUGAACCAGGCGCCUCUAAUGGAUCAUUACUCGAGCCCUAUCAAUCUUUUGCUCAGACAUCAUCGUAUUUUGAUGCAAAUGGUACUGUGCUGGAGGAAGAUGCAGACCCAGAAACUGGAGACGGUUUCAUGUAUUUGGAACAGGAUGGUUUACAGCCCAUUGAUGUAAUGGCACCUCAAGCUUGUCCUUUUCCGUGUUCGUCGAGAGGACUUGAAUCCAACGCUGAUUUUGAUUUAUGCAUGUCUAUUCAACCAGAGCAUGGUGGGGGCAUUGCCUCGUCUCCAUCUCCGUCUCCAUCAAGUCACUUGGAUGAUUUGGAAGAUGUGGGAAUCACUGAAAGUAGCGAUGUUAGGGAAGCAAGUCCUUGUAAUAAAGAAAUGAACCGAAAAAGACCUCUACCGAAUGAAGUCCUGGAACACGUAGCAGCAUGCCCCAUUUCUGCCCCUACUUCAAUGCAGGAUGCAGAUGCCAUUGUCAUCUCCCAAGAUACUAAUGAUAUUUGCGAGGAAAUGGAAAACAACGGUUCACAAGAGACUCUUGUUGCUUCACCACACCUAAAUGAAGACCUAACGACCAAAACAGACGUCGAACAUGAUCCUGCGCUGGUAGUUGCUUCUGUUACAGAGGUGGACUUACACGAACAACCCGCUGCUAAGAAACCGAGGCUUUCAACACACCCUGAAGAAGCGAGCAAUGGUCUCAGAGAGAGUUUGUCAGAUGACAAGGAGUUAUAAGAUGAAAGAAAAGGUCGGUUUCUUCUUUGCUUUCAUAUUUGUAAAUGAUCAUGUGAUUAGGGUUUUGCUUGCCAUGCUGUCAAUAGUGUUAUGGCUCCAUAAUCAAACUUAAUUAAUAGGAUACCGAUAGAAAAUUCAUUUGGGUAAGGUUGAUGUAGUACCCAUGGCAGUUAUAUCAAAGACUAGUUAUAAUAUUCCAUCUCCAGUCUCCA